AUGAAUAAAAAUAAAUGUUUGCAAUGUUCAGAGGCGAAAGGUCAGGGGAAGGCUGUUAAAUGUUCUCAGUGUGAGUUCUUUGCGCAUGCGAACUGUGUUUCAAUUCCUGAAGAGGUUUGCAACCUCUUGGAUUCCAGCACCAACCUCAGAUGGUUCUGUGAUAGAUGCUUAAGUCUGGGACCUAACAUUAAAAAGUUGACCAGCUCUGUCGAUUCUCUCAGAAAAGAUGUUUUCAACAAACUCAACACAUUGAACGAUUUGAAUGCAAAUAUAAAGUCAGAGCUCGGGAAUAUCAACGCAGUAAUAGAAAGUAAUAAAGAAAAGUUAAACCAACUUGAGAGCUCUGAUGUUUUUCGUGGUGAAUUGAACACCUUGAAGAUAUCAUUUGCAGAUAUCGUCAGUCGCGGGAUUAAAGGACACACUGAUGAUAUCAAGGCUGAAGUAAAAACAGUCCAGGCGACAAUAAAUGAUGCUUAA